GCAAUUCAUGAGCUUUCUGAGCGUAGGAGUCUCCCCGAAACUCAUGGCUGCAUAACAGAAUCACUACUAACAGGAAAAGCAUCGGAGGGUUGGAGGUUCUCUUGUUUUGCCGGUACCCGAGAGUGGCAGUGACGGGACGCAGUCAUGGAUUCGGAGGCGACUGAAAUGGAGGAGAAGAAAUACAUCAUAGAAAAGUCACAGUCUGGAGAGUUCACGGUGCCGAGUGACAUGGGACAGCUGAUUGAGGAUGAGGACCAGAAGAGAGAGCAGAGCAACAUCCCGCAGGCUUCCUUCAACUUCAUCAACUCUAUCAUCGGCUCAGGCAUUAUAGGGAUGCCCUAUGCCCUGAAGCAGGCAGGGUUCCCUAUGGGGGUUUUGCUGAUCCUGAUUGUGGCCUUGAUAACAGACUAUUCAGUGAUUCUGCUCAUACGUGGAGGAAACUUAUCAGGCACAAAAAAUUAUCAGGACCUGGUUCGAGCUGCGUUCGGUUUCCCCGGGUUCGUCUUCCUGUCCAUCGUCCAGUUUGUCUACCCCUUCAUCGCCAUGAUAAGCUACAACAUCAUUACUGGAGACACCAUCACAAAAGUCAUGAUGAGAAUAUCUGGAGUUCCAGUGGAUGAGGAAACAGGCAAAGUCUACGUCACAGAGACCAACAUCCUGGCCAACCGUUACUUCAUCAUCUGCCUGUGCACCCUUUUCGUCACUCUGCCUCUGUCUCUGUACCGCAAUGUUGCAAAACUGGCAAAGGCGUCCCUGUUUGCCUGUCUGCUGGUGGUGUUCAUCAUUAUCGCUGUCAUCGUCAGAUCAACAGACAUGCACAUCCCUCCAACAGAAGAUGCCUACACCUUUGCCAAGCCAGGGUUUGCACAAGCAGUGGGCAUCAUGGCUUUUGCCUUUGUCUGCCACCACAACACAUUCCUGAUCUACGGCUCUCUGGAGGAGCCGACGGUUCAUCGCUGGUCCAUCGUGACACACAUCUCUGUAGUCGUGUCAUUCAUUGCCACAGUCGUGUUCGCUGCCUGUGGAUACGCCACCUUCACCGGGUACACCCAAGGGGAUGUGUUGGAGAACUACUGCCAUGAGGAUGACCUGAUCAACGCUGCCAGGUUCUGCUACGGAGUCUGCAUCAUGCUGACCUUCCCUGUCGAGUGUUUUGUUUGCAGAGAGGUGAUAGAGAAUUUCUUCUUCCAAGCUGCACAGCCUACGACCAUGCUGAGACACGUGAUCGAGACGGUGAUCAUAGUGGGAGCGACUCUGGGGAUCUCACUGGCCACGGACUGUCUAGGCAUCGUUCUGGAACUCAACGGCACCCUGGGAGCCACCCCGCUUGUCUUCAUCCUGCCUGCCGCCUGCUACAUGAAGCUGGAGGAGGGGAAGUUCUACAGCGCUAAGAAACUCCCGUCUCUACUCAUUGUGGUUACCGGGGCGAUCGUCAUGGUGAUAGGCUUCAUCAUGGCGGUCCUCAGUCCGCAGGGGUGCUCGCACGGAAAGGAGAUGUCCUACUGUCAUGCCAAUGAUGUCAACGCCACCGACUUCUCUUCCACAUUCAUUCCCAGUCCAGAGAUGCUUACUAGCACUACAGCUUCUCCUCCUAUUAUCAGUACUACCACUGCAUUUUCCAACUUCUCAAUAGGACCCUAACUUCUAGCAUGAAAGUUCAUCUAAGUUGGUAAAAUACAUAAUAAGUAUUGAACUGUUCUCCAACUCAAGAAAAGGAAAUUGACUAACCAUGAAUUUUUGACCGAAUCACUUGAUCUUCAUCAGCUUUCUGACCCAAGUGACGUGACUUACAUUUUGCCCGCGUGUGAUGUUAGGACUGCAAGAGGAGUGAAGGAAGCCAUUUACAUCAGGGUAAUCCAACCUUCGUUGAACCAAGACAGAGGGCAGUACCGACUUCUGACGAACU